AUGGUCAGACCAAAGAUCCGCAACAAGCACCCCGGGGGCAUACAGGUCGGGGAUAGGCAUCGUGGUGCUGUGCCGGAUGACGAAGGCUCGAUCUAUGUGCAAGAGGAAGUCGAUGCGCAUGAUCGGACUACCAAAACCCCCGAUCUGAGAGACCCAGUGAAUCUGGGAGAGCAAGAUGACGAGGAAGAUGAUUCCUCAUUGCGCUCUCGUCUCCAGACUCCAAUAAGUGAACACUUCGCAGGACUUGCCAAUCAAUGCAAGCUGUUGAAAGAAAAAUACCAGGAUCUGCAGGACGAGAUAGAUGUGUUGAAAGCCGACAGAGUUGAAUACACUCUUACAAAUGACACGCUCCAGGAAAGACUCGAAGGACUCCAGCAAGAACUCAAAGCACUCCGUCACGAACGUGACGAGGCAGUCGCUCAUCGAGAUAUUGCUCUGCGUGAGAGGGGCGACCUUGCCUAUCGUCUCUUGAAUGCCACCUCUGGCAUCGCACCAAUUAUGGAGGCCGCUGCUGCGCCCAACGCCGAUCGCUUCCGACCUUGGGACAUUGAGAUCAUUAUGGAUGCCAGGAUACAUAAUCAAAAACUACAGUACCGAGUGCAAUGGCCAGGUUACAACGUCGACCGAGAGUGGUACCCCGCUGGCAACUUUAAACAUACCCCGAAGAAGGUGUUGGAGUUUCACAUGGAGUACCGCUUGAAACCCGGUCCUCCAAUGCGUCUACAAAAUUGGAUUGAGGCAGAACACACUGGUAGGAUUCUCGAAGAUCACGUAGAUGAUGACAAGCCCGCGUUCAGGGGGUAA